UAAGCAAUGGGUUAUUGUGUUGCACCUAAUUGUAAAAGUAAGUCUACCGACGUUCGAUUGUUCAGAUUUCCUGCAGAUAAGCAGAGGAGAGCGAAAUGGGUGCAGAACUGCAGACGGGAUAAGUGGCAGCCAACUGAACAUUCUAAACUGUGUGAGCUUCAUUUCGAAGAAUCGCAGUUUGAACUGAAAAGAGCUGACGGAAGGAAGCUGCUGAAAUGGAAUGCGGUUCCCACAAUUUUUAAUGUGAAAAAGUUGAAAAAUGUUUUCUCAUUUGUCUCCAUAAAUAAUUUCAUUGUUUAAAUUUUGAGUAUUUAUUUGUGAUGUGACUUGGUGAAAUUGCUUUUUAUACAAGAAUAA